CACGGGUAGGAUUUUCGAACGCACUCUUUGAUUGUCAGAAAGGAAUGAAAAAGAAGAGAAAGAGGGAUUGAUCGUUGCAUAGCGGAUCGUGACAUUUAAAUUAAUGUCAGCUAAUGUUUUGAAAAAUUUUAUCUUGAACACGCAGAAAGGAAUAUGGAGUACGUCGACAAUCCGAGCUAUUUCCAAACGGUUUGGGCUCUCAUAGCUUCUGUGGGAUGGUAUAUCGUAGGUCUCUUGUUUAUUUUAUACCAUACAUAUCCAUAUAUUCAAGAGAAAUAUAAAAGCUGGAGAUUUGCAAGAAACCAGCAUGAUAGUGUUGCAUUUGGCAAAAAGACUGAUGAAUUACCACAACUGUCGGCUAACGUAGAGCUAACACGACAAAAAAUGCAAGAAGCAUACAACAAGAAUUGUGCCUUGGCACAAGUUAAAAAGGAAGAGGAAAAAGAGAAAAAGAGACAGAAGGUUCUAAAAUUUUUGGAAAAUAAAAAUGUAGGUAUCAAGCUAGGUAGUGCAAUGGAUGACGAAAAAACGACACCUAGUACAAGUACAAAAUCAAGGUUGCUUAAAUCAGAAUAUAGUCCUUUAAUGGGUGAUAAUAGUCGUGGAUAUCGGCCUCCGAAACGUACUUGCUGUAAAAAGGGUGGGUGCGGUUAAUUGCAGUUUUACAGAUUCUUAUAAAAAACCUCAUUUAUUUUUGUGAAACGAAUUUAAUUGAGUUGAUGAAAAUAAAAAGAAAACGAUAACUGACACGGAUUAAAAUAUACUUAAAAUACGCAAUAUUCUUACAAAUAAUAAUUUUAAUAAUUGUUAAAAUGCAAUUCUUGUAUAAGCAAUUAUUUAUAAUUGUAUAAUUUCCAAGCAUUAAUAAAUUAGAGAUAAGAUUAACUUCAUCUAUCAAAUUUAAUGUAGGAUUUAUAUAUUUAUAUAUCGUGCUUACAUACAUCAACUAUUUUAAAAAGAGUUACUACAUUUUUUGCUAUUAUAUUGAGAGAAGGAAGGGAAAAUAAACAAUACAACAACAA